CAGGAUCGAUUUCCGGGUCACGGUGGAGGGUGCUCUGUGGCGGCCGAGCGGGGUGGCCUGCAGGAAUGAUCACCAAGACCCAGAUAGGAGACCGGGGCCUUCGGCUUCCAGAGAAAAACAAGAAGAAGAAGGUGGUGGUUAAAGAACCAGAGGCUCAGUACUUGGUUUUGAACAGUAACAGUUAUAACACUGAGGUCUGUCCCACCACAGCCACAUCACCCACGAAGAGUGGGAUCCAGGGCCAGGCACCCGAGACCCCUCUGGUGAAGAAAAAGAAGAAGAAGAAAAAGAAGGAGUACAGCACUGUCUGUGAGGAGCAUCAAGAACCUGAGACCACAUUCCGUGCCAGGCAGACAGAGACGUCUCCCAGCCCCAGGACACAGGCUCUCGCUCCACCCAAGUUCCUCAAUGGGGAGAAGAAAAAGAAGAGGAAGUCCUCAUGGCCUCUGGCUCUGUCUCCUGGUGUGAGGGUGAAGACCUCCCUGGACCCCAGACAGGUCGAGGAAGUGACCAGAGUUGGCAGAAAGCUCAAAAAACACAAGAAGGAGAGAAAGGCCCAGGAGGUGGCAGCCUUCUCGGCCAGGGACGCCCUGCAUGCAGGCUCAGUUGGAAAGAAUGACCAGCAACGGGCAGCCUUGGGGCAGAAGAGGAAGCAGGGAGGCCCCAGGGAACACAACGUGAACCAGAAGAAGAAAACGAAAACCCACCAGGAGGAAGACACCUCCCUUGACCACCCCAAGCCUUCCAGGUCCCUGGAGAGCAGUCCUAGGAAAAGAUGUGCAAAGAAGCCAGUCAAAGUUGAGGCUUCAGAGCACAUCGCGGCAGGAGACAGCCUCAAGGCCCCUGGGAAGAAGAAAACGAAGCCCGCUGAAAGGGCCGGGGAGCCAGGCCCUGAGGAGCCACCUCUGAAGAGGAAGAAGAAGAAGAGGAAGGGGAGCAAAGCAGCAGGACUUUGGAAGGAGGAGCCUGACACAGACUUAGAGGUGGUGCUGGAGAAGAAAGGCAACAUGGACGAGGCACACAUAGACCAGGUGAGGCGAAAAGCCUUGCAGGAAGAAAUUGAUCGUGAGUCAGGCAAAACGGAAGCCUCUGGAACCCAGACGUGGACAGGCACUCAGUUUGGCCAGUGGGAUACUGUUGGUUUUGAAAACGAGGAACAGAAGCUGAAAUUUCUCAAACUUAUGGGCGGCUUUAAAAAUCUGUCCCCUUCAUUUGGCCGCACCCCCGACAUGACCAGGAGGCCUAACAUGGCGCUGGACAGGACGGCGGCCAGCAGCCUGCAGCAGAGCCUGCAGCAGGACUACACGCGGGCCCUGCGCUGGAAGCAUGGCGGGCGCGCGGGCCUUGGCUUCGCCACCCCAAACAAAGUCUUCUAUAUCGACAGGAACGCUUCCAAGUCCAUCAAGUUUGAAGAUUAAACUCUACUGUCUUGUC